ACAACUGCAUACACACUGGUAUCGCAUCUGGAUUGAAAAUGGAGCACGAACAGGAGCAGAAGGACGGCGACCCUGAUGCGGGAAUGGACUCCCGGGCAAACCGUACAUCCGACUAUCUACCAAAGGGGGCUUCAUCGGCAGACAUUUCCGCAAGAAGUACGUUGCACGCUCUGUGGUACACUAUCGACGACUUUGACAUUGGAGGUCUAGUGGGUGACGGGGCCCAUGGCCAAGUAUUUGUGGCUCGUGAACGCCGUACUGGGUUCAUAUGUGUUAUAAAAUGCAUCUCGAAGACACUGCUGACCAACAGCAAGCAGGAAGCCAUAUUUAAGCGUGAGAUUGAGUUACAUGGUCAUUUAAGGCACCCGCAUAUCGCAAGCAUCUUUACGUGGUUUUCCUCUGAGUCCAUGGUGUAUAUAGUCCUGGAGUACUGUAUCAAUGGUGACCUAUACACCUAUUUGAAUAAACACGGCCGGCUAUCAGAACAGCGUGCAGCAGAGAUAUGUUUCGAGGUAACGUGGGCCAUUAGGACGUGCCACGAUAAGCACAUAGCCCACUUGGACCUAAAGCCUGAGAACAUCCUGCUUGACCACAACUAUAGCUGCAAGUUGGCUGAUUUCGGUUUAUCAGCUCACGUGGGUGCCACGGACUCCAAGGUUAGCCAUAUGCGUGGUACUUAUGACUACUGGUCACCCGAGCAGUCUGCGUGCAAGUACAACAACGAGGGUCAGUUUGGCGAGUUCAACCAUAAGAGUGACAUUUGGGCAAUCGGGGUCCUGGUAUUUGAGUUAUUUUUUGGUAAGCCGCCAUUUGGGUCAACCACUGAAGAGGAGAUUGACGUGGUCCUGCAUCGUAUACAAACAUGUGCCUGGAACGACCACUGGAAGUCAAAGUACGGCACUGAACGCCUGAAUGAGGCAAGUGAGGAGUUCAUUAACUUUCUGGACACCUGCUUCGAGAAGGAAGCGGGCAAACGUGCUGACGCAGACUCGUUGCUAGGGCACCCGUGGCUCAGGAUGAGGAAUGCUGAGCGCUACAAGUCGCCAGCAUUCCUCAACCAGAUACGCAACCCUAACAACGGUUGUACCUAGACUCUAGAUAGUGUUAAAAUGUUUUAUGCCUUGGGUUAUCAAGUUCUAGAUAAGUGG